GGCCGGGUCCCGCCGGCCCCGGGCUCGGCUCUCCUGCGCGGGUCUGCAGCGCGGCCUCGGCCCCCGGACCCGCCGCCGCCGCCCCCUCCCUGGGCUUCGCUGCAGUUCCCUGCCCCGGGGCCCCGCCGGGGGGGGAUCCAGGGUCCCGUAUUGGCUUGCAUCUUCCUCCCCUUCAGGUUCUGAAACCCAGGUCUGGGGGGUCGUGUGUGGAGGGGAUUGGGAGCGCGGCCCGCGCUUGCACGAGCGAAGGGGCGCAGCGCGCUAGUAGCGGCUGGCCGGGCAAGACCGCCUGGCUUCAGGGUCACGCUUUGAAGGGAAACUUGUGGCAAGGUUUCGGGGGGUCGGCCCGGGGCUGGGACUCGAGAUUCAGGCCGAGUUUCCUGCACUUCUGCACGCCUCCUUCGUGCUGUGCGCAAAUCUCUGCGGACUGGUAGUGACACCGGAAUAAGAGACGAUAGAAAUACAAGAUCUUAUCAUCGUACAUUGAAGAUGCGUUUAGGUGCUCAGAUUGCACAUAGUAACCUGGAACGUUGGCACAGCUUCCCCCCCUCCCGACGUCACUGACUUACUGCAGCUCAGUUCGCAAGGCCUGGACGUGGACGUGUAUGUUAUUGGUUUACAGGAGGUGAACUCGAAGAUUGUGAAUUUCCUUUCUGAUUUGGCAUUUGAUGAUCCAUGGAGCACUUUCUUCAUGGAUGUUCUUUCUCCUUUGGGUUAUAUCAAGCUCUCCUCCAUUCGCAUGCAGGGAUUACUACUUAUGGUCUUUGUGAAGCACGCUCAUGUCCCCUUUAUACGGGACAUUCAUACUCAUUAUACUCGCACGGGCCUCUAUGGAUAUUGGGGGAACAAAGGAGGAGUCACAAUUCGCCUUUCUCUUUAUGGCCAUAUGAUCUGCUUCAUAAACUGCCAUUUGCCAGCUCACAUAGAGAAUACAGAUCAGCGACUAGAUAACUUUGAGAAAAUUCUGGAAAUGCAGCAGUUUGAAGGAGAGAAUGUACCAGGUGUCCUAGAUCAUGACCUUCUCUUCUGGUUUGGAGAUCUUAACUUCCGAAUAGCAGAUCAUGGAAUGCAUUUUGUCCGAGAGUCAAUAAAUAAGUGCCGAUACAACUUGCUAUGGGAAAAGGAUCAGUUAAAUAUGGCAAAGAAGAAGGAAUCCUUUCUCAAAGAAUUCAUGGAGGGUCCUCUGCAGUUUAAACCAACCUACAAGUUUGAUCUUUACACAGAUGUGUAUGACACCAGGGAGCAGAAGACGCUCUUUUGGUUUAAUGGAAAGAAACGAAAGCCAGCAUGGACUGAUCGGAUUCUUUGGAGAGUAAAGAAUCUCUGUUCAUACGUGUUGAAGGAAGGAGAAUUGCCCCAAAAGGAGCAGGCAGUCUCUGUGACUUUGAAGAACUAUAUCAGUCACAUGAGCUAUGGCAUCAGUGAUCACAAGCCUGUUACAGGGACCUUUGGGCUUGAGAUGAAGCCUUUUGUGUCUGUUCCGUUGGUCACUGUGAAUGCUGAGGGGGAGUGGAAUGCGGAGCGAGACGUUCUGAUCAGCUAUUCCACGGUCCCCAAAUUUCCCAGCAGUACCUGGGACUGGAUUGGGCUCUACAAGGUGACCUUUAAGCAUGUGAAUGACUAUGUGACUUACGCCUGGGUGAAAGAUGAUGAAAUUUCCUUCUCUGAAGAUACUAAUCUAGUUUACAUGAGUGCUGAUGAAAUCCCCCACGCAGGAGGAGAGUUUCUGCUUUGUUUUUAUAGCCACACUUUUCAAUCAAUAGUUGGCAUUAGCCAGCCUUUCCAGAUUCAACCAACCAAGAUAUCGACAGAGAAGGAUCUGGCACAGGAAGAUAUCAGUGGAAUGGAGAGGCCUUAUAACCCUGAGUCACACAUUGAAUUCUGAAGUCAGAAGAGGCAUUUAGUGCUAUUGAUUCAGGAGUCAGAGAUGCUUACCUCCCUUGUUUCUUAGUGAAUAUAGAAUUUUCUUCUGUAGAAGAUGGAGUCAGGCAGUGCAGAGGGUCCCUCAGGUAGGGUUUUCCAGUUUGUAGACUUUGAAAGGCUCGGUAGAAAAUAACUGUUAUGAAAACAAAUAUUUCUGUGUCACCAUGAGAGGUAACUCUGGUAGCCCUGCACUGGACCAGAACUGUAAUAAUAGCUUCUGAUGAGUGCUGGCCACUAUAAAAAAAAAAAAAAAAUAGUAGAAAACUGUUCUAGUGAUUGAAAUCUGAAUAAGUUGCAUUCCAUGGCAAUUUCAGAAUCUGCUGCUUUUUCUUCUGUAGAGGUUAUUUUUAGUGAUGGUGAAAUUCACUGUAAUGUAACCACUUACUCAUUGACUUUGACUUUUAUUGUUUCAGAAUUUAAGUGAAAUUAUUUUAAAACAAUUUUAUUUAUAAGAUAUAGUUAUUGAACUUAUUUUAAAAUAUUUGGCAGUUGAGUAAAGAUGGCAUUUGAGUAAAGAUGUCAGCUAAUGGCAUAUUUGAUGGAAGCUACCCACUGUGGGACAACACAAGUCAUCCAGGAAAAUAGUCUUUGGGUCACAGAGUUUUUGUCUGUAGAUCUGUCUUGCUCCCUGUCCCAUACUUCAGUCGUAAUCCUUCUGCAAAAUGGCCCAGUUUGCAACAUUAAAAAUAAGCACCUACCCAGCAAACCAAAUUUUUAUGUGAUUCUUGAUGCCUCUUGAAGGUCUCUUACUCUUAAUUCAGGAAUCUGCCUGUAGGAAUCUGCCUGUUCCCCCACAGACAGACUACACUUUGUACAUGCCACCAUCUUGUAGUCAGAUCAAGGCCACGUGAUUUUUCAAAUUUAAAAAACAUUUUUUUCUGUCGCUUAGCAAAUUGAAGGCAGUAGUUUUCAAGCUGUGGUCCACGGAGGACUUGUUGGCAAGGAGCGGAUUGGUCAUAUGUUGCUAACUGUCCUUGUUUCUGACUGUCAGAUUGUAUUAAAAGAAGCAAAGACCACAUUAAAUACUGUCCUGAUAUCAUUCUUCCCUGUAAACAGUUACUGGUUGUAUCAAAGCGGUAGCAGUCUUUACAAUCGCAAAAGGGUGGAGGGGGAGUUGUGUGAAACAUUUGGAGGCCAUUUAGACAGUUGCAUGGGAUCUUAGAUGGAAGGGCUGCUUUAGGAGAGCGUGCUCAUUGCCUCCCCCAGUCUAAAGAAGGCACACCACUUGAAAUCCCUCCCCUUUGUGGCAAGUCAUUUUGAGGCUGUUUGCUGCUGCGUGUUGUCUACAGUGAAUGCAGUGGAAGCCUGGUCUGAAUGUUAAGACAUGAAGGAGAUUAAAGUAUGUAUUUUGGAGGGUGGGAUAAGGAAACUUUUUUUUCCCUCCUGAUCAGUUUGGUAUGAAGUUUUGUUUUAAGAUGAAAUCUGUUUUUUAAUAUGUUGUAGUUACAGUGGUUGUAAAAUAUAAUUGUGGGUUGAGAUGAUAUUGACUGUUUGCUGGUUAUUUUGUCAGUUUAGGAUAAGAUUCUACCUUUUUUAUUUUUGGCCUUCCAAAUAGUUUGAUAUAUCACGUGCCAACUACUAAUCUCACACUCUGGCAAUGAUUUAUUUGCCAAGAGCCAGUGCUGUUAGAAGCUUGUUUUCUAGUACAUGAACUACAGCAGCUGUAAGGUCAUGUGUAAUACUGUUAUGAAAUGACGAUGCAUCAGAUCUGUUGUCACACUUGUGCUAUUCUCAUGUAAAAUUUUUUCUACGCCAGAAAGGAUUUUCAGGGCUUUUCAUUUCCAUUGACAAGUAUACAAAACAUGCCUAAUAAGAAACAAAGUUACUUGACUUAGCCCAUGUUCUGCCUCUCAGUCCACUUUGUAGGAGAUUUCAGGAAGCCUUUCAGUGAUGUAGGAGACUGGGAUCUUUACAUUUCAGACCGCAGUUGGCAAUUUCUGGUGGUUCUGAGUUCCCCUUCUGUUGACCAGGUGCAUGUCCCAUUUCUGAGCAGCUUUGGAGAGAUCUUGGAGAAGGAGCUGGGAAACUUGCACAGUCUUGACACUUGAGUACUUCAGCAUCUCCUGGAGGCUGAUGUCUCUUCAGUCACUGGAGGUGGAAAUUCUUUGUAACCUGGGAUUUUGCAUCACAGGUCUUUGAAAAAGCCCAAGAAGUUAUAACUUCUGACAGUAAUACUUUUUAGACACUGUAUUAAGCUUCAUUGUGAGAUACUUUGUAUCAUUUUAUAUUCCUUUGUUAAGAGCUAUUGAAAUACUAGCAAAUUAAUUUUAAAUAUUGUUAGUAGCCUUUAUUCCUGAAGGAUUUUUAAAUAUUAUUUCACGACCAGUAUCCUACAACUUCUUGAUGGAAGUUUAGUGUUCUUAGACAUGUUUAAAUGAAUGUCAUAACAGAUGCCUAUUCUUUUCAUGUACUGGUUUAGUCUGAACUAAAUUUUGGCAACAGAGGUCAUGAAGUACUCUGAGUUCCAGUAUUUUGCAAACCAGCUGAAGGCUGCUUUUUGGGGGUGGAGAGAGAGAGGCUGGUGAGGAGGAGGUUUCCUUUGCAUUGCAUUUUGUCCCCGUGUCAGUAAUAAUACAUGCGCUGUAAGGCAGGAGAUCAUGGUAGAUAAGGGCCAAGGGCGGGCACGCAAGUCUCCUUUUGAAGAAAACAGAUUCAUUAUGAAAUAAAAUUCUCUUAUUUGAGUUACUUCCAUAUUUAAUUUCCCUGCCCCACACUGGAUCAGAAAGAGCUGUAAAGUCUGCCAGAAUAAUGUGUUUGAAUACAUGGCAAGAUUCCAGAGCAGUUUUGUAUUUUUAAAGUACUUGAAAUGGAUAGCUAGCUUCUUUUGCUCCUGUUCUCCCAAGGAUCAUUACAGUAAUGCUGAAUUGCAGGCUGAAUGUUAUAACCAAAAAAUAAAACCCUACUGUAGUAUGGCUACUUAGAGUUUUGGAAAGGCUUAUUAUACACAUUAUUAGUGUCUUUGUUUUUUGUAGCACUUCUUAAUUCUGGAUAGUGCCAGGUGGCGAGGAGAUAUCUGAUACUUAAACAAGUCAAAACUGUAUUCCAGUGUGGAUGAUGGGCAUGAUCCAAGUUCAACCACAGUUAAUCCAAAUGCGAUUCCAUUAUUUUAGUGUAGUUGUUCCUGCAUAUGCCAGGAAAAAAAAUAACCUUGAAUAUUAGUGGAAUUAUGUUUCCUGAAUCCCUGAAAGAAUAUCGACUGUUCUGGUUGUUUUAUACGACACAGUGAUGCCCUGUGCUUGUCUUAAUGCCUUUCCAUAAAUUAUUGUUAGAAGAAAGUGACAUAGAAAUGCACAGAAUGGGGAAAAUGGCUGAUGGGUGAAGCUUAAUUUUUUUUCUUUGUAAUUACCGUUAACAUUAAUAUUGGAAUGGACUUUCAGAUAUUGUUCUCAAACCUGGGAUAAAAUUUCUUCUCUUAAGUAGUAUGGCAGGAGAUCAAAGGUAGUGGAAGCCACCCUGCCCUACCUUGGAUGGUAGGAGGUGAAAGCAAAUUAAACUCCUCGGAGCCUUCCACAGGCUCCGAGAUCUUUAGAAAGCUAAAUUAAUUCCCGGUUCUUCAGGGAAAGACAGAAUUCUGAGGGAGGGAAGGGAGCAUGAUGAUGAGAGUAAGGUGUAGCCAACUUAGAGGAACCGCUAAAAACAAAUAGGCUGCUAUGGAGUCCCUUCUCCCCUGCCCUCCUGCUAGGGAAACCUAGAACUGAUUGAGAAUAUGGGGGAUUUGCUAGUUUAAAGUAUACAUGUUUUGCACAGGACUGUGUGUUGCAUUCCCUUCUAAAAUGUCCACUAUAGAAUUAAAAUAACAUCCACGUGAUUAGUCAUCAGCUGCAGCAAUAGUCCCUCGACGCAAGGAUGACAGGCUUCCAGGAAAUAGGGAUGUCGCUGGUAAGUCAGUAGAUGACUGAGGAGACUGAUCCAAGAUCCACGUGUUCAGUUGCAGACGUGGGCAAGUAGAUCCUGGUGAUAUCAGUCACGGCUCUUUCCAGUCUUUGUCUCUCUGCUCUAGCUGCAGCCACAGGAAGGCGAGUUUGCUCAAAAAGAUCAGUGCCUUAUUGUGCUAUUGGGCAUGGUUUUGUGUUUUGAUAUUAAUAUUGCGUGAUUAUAUUCUUAGUGAAUGUAGCUAAUGCAUCAUAUGUUAAGUUCUUAAUCCGCUGUUUUGAUCUAAAUAAAGAUUGAUUGGAAUGUU